AUGUCAAUAUUUCGCAAGGAGCCGGUAUUACCCAUUAACAGCGUAAGGAAGGAGAUAUCAAAGAAAACCACCUCUUCUUAUUCAGAUACAAUUAAUUCCGUUCCAGAAACAUUACUUAGACUAAUUGAAGGUGUAACAACUCUUGGAAUCAUCACACAUCUUGAAAUUUCAAAAUAUUCUACUGAGAAAAUGAGUACUCGUCAUUCAAAUCAAGAAAAUUCAUCUGCUUUUGAAAGUACAAGAUCGCGUCACAAAGAUCCUGUUGUAGCUGCAUCUCCAUCCCAUAGUGAUCAAGCCUCCAAAGCAUGUUGUUUUUGCUGGUGUUGUUGUUGUAGUUGUUCUUGGUAAGUCUAUCUUUAUAACUCAACAAGGGUAUGUAAAUGUGAACGACAACAUUUAUCUUAAUCAGUUGACUCUUAUUAUUUUUGUAGUUCGAUUCUUCUAUGAUUAAAUUAUUAAUCUGCUUCAUCUUAGUCUCACUUAUAUUUGCUAAUCUUUGUUAUGACAUUCCGCCUCUACUAAUUAAAAAUAUGUUCUCUUCCAGCUGUGCUUUUUUUGUCCAUAGUCAAAUCGUUAGUUUCACACUUCGUCCAAUUCUGCUUCGCUCUGAGAAACUUAUAUUAGAUUGAGAGGUAGUUAUAGUUUUGUUUG